CAAAAACUUCCAAAGAUGAACCUAUCAGGUCUCAGAAAUGUUGUCUACUUCUCAAAAAAGAUAGAAAGAAAAAAUCUCAGAUAAGUGUCCAUGUUCAAUGUACACUACAAACAAAAAUACAAUUCCAAAACUUCUUAGUUCCACUGAAUACAAGAAGAAUACAAGAAGAUCCACAGCCAUGGGAGAGCUCGAUCCAGCCUUCAUCCAAGACACCGACCAACGACCAAACCUCGAAAUCUCCGAUGCUUUCGACGAUGAAUUCCCAAUCAUAGACUUCUCGUCCGCUCCCGGCGACGUCGUUUUGCAGAUCGGGCAGGCGUGCAAGGACUGGGGGUUUUUCCAGGUCGUCAACCAUGGCGUGCCAUUGGAAUUGCUUGCCAAAGUCGAAGAUCUUGGUCGGAGAUUCUUUGCGCUCAGCGCAGAGGAGAAGAGAAAGGUUAAGCGAGACGAGGUGAACGCCAUGGGAUACCAUGAUGGCGAGAACACCAAGAAUGUUAGGGAUUGGAAGGAAGUGUUUGAUUUCUUGGUGGAAGAUCGGACGGCGAUUCCAGCUUCUCUUGAGCCUGAUGAUCAGGAGUUGAGGAUAUUGAUCAAUCAGUGGCCUCUUCACCCUCCUGAGUUUAGAGAGGUGUGCCAGGAGUAUGCUAGAGAAGUGGAAAAACUGGCUUACAAGUUGUCGGAACUAAUUGCACAGAGCUUAGGCUUGCCCAAAAGCAGGUUAAAUGGGUUCUUCAAAGGGCAAACAAGCCUUGUCCGAUUGAAUUACUAUCCUCCCUGCCCUUUUCCUGACCUAGCUCUAGGCGUCGGUCGCCACAAGGAUGCCAGUGCCUUAACCAUCCUUGCACAAGAUUCUGUUGGAGGACUCCAAAUCAGGAGGAAAUCCGACCACCAGUGGGUCCCAGUUAAACCGACUCCUAAUGCUUUUAUCAUCAAUGUUGGCGAUGCUGUUCAGGUUUGGAGCAAUGACAAGUAUGAGAGUGUGGAGCACAGGGUGGUGGUGAAUUCGGUGAAGGAAAGGUUUUCAGUUCCAUUCUUCUUUUUCCCAGGACAUCAAGUUAUGUUGAAGCCCUUGGAGGAGAUAUUGAACGGAGAUUCCCCACGAUACAGGGAGUACAACUGGGGCAAGUUUUUGGCUACCAGAAACCGCAGCGACUUUAAGAAACAAGCAGUUGAGAACAUCCAAAUUAGCCAUGUUAGGAUAGAACAGAAGUGAGGCUCACGACAAGCAUUCAUCAAAAGGUUAGCUAGAUUAAUUUGGUCUGCCUUUUUUAAUAACAUUAUACCCCGAAAUAUAUUGAAUCUGCACUAUGAAUAAAGUAGCUAGCAAAUGUCACCGCUGCGUGUCAUCAUUUCUAUUUUUAUAAUUAUUUAAGAAAUCCUAAUGUUCCUAGAGAAAUGCUAGUUGAACACUUGCAUGUGAAGGGAUUGCCCAUUUACUUGUUUGCAUCGCACAUGAUAUAUUUAAGUUGAUCCUUACGGCAUUCAUUCACUUUUA